AUGAAACCCAGCGUGGGCCGUAAGGCUGUGACGGCGGCCAUGAUGGCGGCCAUGAUGGUGGUGGUCACUUCUGUGGCGUGGUCUGCAAUGCCAUUUGUUCUUCGCUCCCCCACCAGCGUGACAGCCUUCAGUGCUUCCCGCCGGCCCAUCAAGGGGAUUUUGAAGAACAAACGUUCCACUGUUUCUUCGGUGGUGGUCUCCAUGCAGCAGUCCAGAGGGGUCAUUCCGGAGGUACAAAGAAAAAAGACCCAAAAGUGGGACCAACUGAACAUCUUGGCGACAUCCCUUCCCGCAUACAGAAACUAUGACUUCAUGAAGAUAAACGAACCCAGCAGUCACCAUCUCGGCCGGGCAGAUGAUGAAGACCUCGUGAAUGAUCCUGAAAGCAAAGAAGCCAUGACACCGGACAUUUCAGCUAAGAAACCAGCCGCCACUGAUACCUCCGAGUUCAUCCGUCAGGUGGGGGAGCCUGAAAAUGAUGGAGCACACGGCAAUAGGAUCUUUCUCAAUAGGCGCGUAAAGCAACAGAAGUUCACACUGAAAAGGAAGCUGCAUUACAACAAAGGCCUGAACAUCAAGGUCUCUAGAAAAAUUAUCUCGAAAGACUUCCUAUACGACGACGAUGAAGAAACUCCGCCUAGUAACCACCAGCACUGCCGCUGA